GUUCAUAACCUAACCUCAAAUAAAGAACAAUAAACAAAUAAUCGAUUUUAUCCAGGAGGGCAAAAUGGUGUAAAAUAACUAACAUUUAGUAUAGAUUGUAUGAAAUAGUGUUGCUAUAGACGACAGUGAAUAAUUAAAAACCUCCAUUUAUCAAAAAAUAUCAAUAACAUUUAGUUUUAACUACUUAUAAUUUAACCAUGCCACUGUUUAACUAUGGUUCCCUCCUGGAGCAUGGUAUCAUUGGUGGUAUUUUGACCACCAUAUUUGUUAUAUCUAAUUAUUCGUUGCAUAGAAUAGAAGAAGGGCAUGUGGGGAUCUAUUAUAGGGGUGGUGCCUUGCUUCCGGUGAUGAGUCACCCAGGGUACCAUAUGAUGUUUCCAUUGAUAACAUCAUUUAAAAGUGUGCAGGUGACACUGCAAACAGACGAGGUCACAAACGUUCCCUGUGGCACCAGCGGGGGAGUUAUGAUCUAUUUUGAUCGCAUUGAAGUUGUCAAUUAUUUGAAUUGCAAUAGUGUUAUGGAUAUUGUGCGAAAUUACACUGCUGACUAUGAUAAAACUUUAAUUUUCAAUAAAAUACAUCAUGAACUGAAUCAGUUUUGCAGUAUACACACCCUUCAUGAAGUUUACAUUGAUUUGUUUGAUCAAAUUGAUGAAAAUCUUAAGCAGGCAUUACAAAGGGAUUUACUAGAAAUGGCUCCGGGUUUAACGAUUCAGGCUGUAAGGGUUACCAAACCGAAAAUCCCUGAACCUAUUAGGAAAAACUAUGAGUUAAUGGAAGGGGAAAAAACCAAAUUAUUAAUAUCCAUUGAACACCAAAAGGUGGUGGAAAAAGAUGCUGAAACAGAUAGGAAACGAGCGAUAAUUGAAGCGGAAAAAAUCGCUUUAGUAGCAAAAAUCCAGUACGAACAAAAAAUCAUGGAAAAGGAAUCGUUGCAACGCAUGUCCCAAAUAGAGGACGCGAUGCAUUUGGCGAAAGAGAAAGCGAGGGCGGACGCGGAAUUUUAUAAAAUGAAACAGCAAGCGGAAGUGAACCGGCUGCUGUUUACCAAGGAAUACCUCGAACUGAAAAAGUACGAGUCUUUAGGCAAGAAUACGAAAACGUACUUUGGCACCGAGAUUCCUCAGACUUUCUUAGGGGACUCUUGUAUUAAAGAUGCGGUCCAUUCAAACGUAAUAGCAUCAGAUAAAGAUGGCGUAGCCAAAGAAGUUGCACUGUAAGAAUAAUUUUUUUUUCGUUAAGUUCACUUUAAAGGCUGUGUUCUGUUUAGGGAUUAAGUUUAAUAAUUAUGUUCAUUAAAAGCAAUAUAGGAUUUUUCAUUCAAA